AUGGCCUGGCGGGGUGGGGUGGCCAACUGGCGGAGCUGUAGAUCUCCUCAUCCAGUUGCCUUCAGAGAGCGCUGCAGCGACAAAAAUGCUUCAAGUUGCAAGAUGGCAUGGCCGGAUCUUGGGAGGCCAGGUUCAAACUUGAUUUUGGUAAGCUACUUUGAAUCCAAAUCCAGACACCAUGGAAUGAUGUGGAUGAAUUUAAGCGUUCUGUGGUCGGUUGCCGGAGUGUGCCUCAAGUAUUUGCACCUGAAACAGCCAAAAGAAACCAGGAUGCGACCGGGUGCCUGUGGACACUUGCGGGCGAUCGACGAUUGUGACCAUGUGACCAUGGCAAGAAAUCGCAGGUUUGGACAUCCAGCAAGAGGCUUCCCUUUCGGUGACGUGCCCCUCCAGCAUGAUUUGGUCUGGGGCGGUCUGCGGUCUUGGAUCAGCACCUCAGGUGUCCUGAGCUGA